CCAGUAUACAGUUCGUCGCCGAGCCCCUCCAGCAUGCCACGGAGGCACCGAAUAACAAGUGCUACAGAUCGCGAGCGCAUUAUCGAGGCCUACAGAGCCGAACAAGAUUUCCUCGUAGUUGCAGCAGCCCUUGGAGUUCAGCGCACCACGGCAUGCUCCAUUGUGCGAGUAUACCAACGCGAAAACAGGGUUGAAGCGGCUCACGCAGGAGGCAGACACAAGAUCAUCGACAAUGAAACUCUGGAUCUAAUAGUGAUGCUGCUUGAAGCAAACCCUAUGAUGACCUUGAGAGAGAUAAAGGAGGAGGUCAUGGAUAUAUUUCCUACAAAACCACAUUUCAGUGAGGUAACGCUUUCGCGUUAUUUGGAGGGGGAGCUGAUAUCACUGAAAAUGUCCCGUGACUUCCCAGCAGAAAGAAAUUCUCCCGCAGUAAAGGAGGCGAGACACGCGUACGCUACGUGGAUGCUGGCGACGGGUCUACAGCAGCAACUAGUAUACAUUGAUGAGACAGGGUUCAAUCUGUGGACCAAGAGGACGUACGGCAGGGCAAGACGCGGGGAGCGUGUGCAUCGCGCCGUUGGUGGACAGCGUGGCAGAAACACGACAGUGAUUGCUGCGAUAGCUGAACACUGUGGAAUACUCUAUCACGAAAUUCACUAUGGUUCAGUGACGAAGGAAGUAUUCAGUGAUUUCAUCGCAUCACUUGCAGCAAUAAUUAUUGCUGCAAGUGAUGCGAUGAAAUCCGAUUAUAAUCGGAGACGCAAGAUCCAUACUUGUUCUAGACAACGCUCCAAUUCACAACGGUAUCGCAGCAGUCUAUCCCGAGCUGAAUUUUAAAUUUCUCCCUCCAUACUCUCCUUGCUUGAACCACAUAGAAAACUGUUUCUCUGUGUUUAAAUCAUACCUGAAGCAGUACCUCCACCGUGAAGCUCCACGGUGCAACGCGGCCCACGCCAGGCAAGAAGGAGUGACUCUCAAUGCACUGAGGGAGAACAUUUUGCAAGUUGGCAUGGAAUUUGCACUGCCUAGUGUCACGGAACAUGUUGUGUCGCAGUACUAUAACCAUGUCAA